AUGGAUUGGAUUUUACAUCUUAUAUUGCUAUUGGGUUCCCCUUAUCUUACUGUUGGAUUUGUGAACAAUGUAAGGGAAAUUAAAAAGUUUACUGCAUCGAAUAAUGCAACUUCUAAUACUAAAUAAGCCCUUUAGGAUGAAGUUCAAACUUUGACUCGCUACAUUCUCCGUGGGCCAUCAAGAAAUAGCGGAUUGGAAUGGUUGGAACCAUUGGUUGAUGACUUUGGACAUCGGAUGUUGUGCAGGAAGUCUUUGGAAGAGUAAGGAAUGUCGCGGAAAAAAGACCUUGGUCGAAAAAUUGUCUGUCUGAGACUCCUAAGCCAAUCGACGCUUUGGUUAGCCGUUUAAAGCAUUUUUAAGCUAAUUGCAUAAAGUCUUAGCUUCCACGCCAAUUUGUUAGCUAUUAUAAGGCCUGAUAAGUACCUUAAAGUCCCAUAAAAUUCGAUCUGUCCAAGAAGAAUUCCAUGUUUUUUUUGUCAAGAAAACCGAUUUCAGUGCGAUCGACUUCACAGUCGAACGUCUCCGACAGGACGGCUUUGACAAUGUCCACACCGAAGAAGCGCCGAAUAUGCCGAAUUGGGAGAGAGGGGAGGAUACGGUGACUUUGCUUGAGCCGCGCAACUUAAAGCUGAACAUCUUGACGAUUGGCGGGGUGGAUCCGGCGAAGGUGACGGCCGAAGCUGUUGUUCUGGAGGAUUACGACUUGAUCAAUGUGGGAUAGUUAUAUUGACUGAUUGGUAAAUAUUUAGACCACCAACGUGAACGGGAAGAUUGUAGUUUUCAAUCAGAAAUGGACCGGCUACUACGAAGACAUCAAGUACCGUCGCGCGGCCAAAGAGAUCAAAGCGCUUGGAGCUGUGGGACUUUUGGCCAAAUCGCUCGGCCCAUUCUCGAUUGGCUCUCCGCAUACCGGCGGGGGAUCCGAUGAGCAUCUGCCAGCGGCAUCAUUGUCAUUAGAGGAGGCGGAACUGUUGGGUCGUCUUGCAAGACGCAACAAGACCUUGAAGAUCAGCAUCGACAUUCGAUCCAAGAACCUUCCACCUUGCACUUCGCGCAACAUCAUAUUUGACAUAAAGGGAAGUGAGAAGCCGGAGGAAGUGGUCCUCAUCUCCGCUCAUAUCGAUUCGUGGGACUUGGGACAGGGCGCACUCGAUGAUGGAGGAGGAAUGGCAGCGGUUUGGCAGGCCAUGAAAGUGAUUAGGGAACUCGGACAGACCGAUAAACGAUUCCUGCCGAAACGGUAGGUUUUAUUCCGUGCAAGCCCAUUUGAUACGGAACUGGGACGAUUGGGUAAACCGAAAAGUAUUAUUUUUCUUCGAUGGAAGUGUCGAUUAGGAUAAUCGAGGGUGCUGAUUUCGAAAAUAACAUUCAUUUUUACCUAACAUUUUUUUAAUUUUUUAAAUUUUUUUCAUGAAUAUUCGAUUUGGGGGUUUCCGAUGGUGCUGCUUUCAAAUCAGAAAAAAUUGAGUAUGUGUGAAAAAAAUUCAAAAAAUGACUACUUUACAGUACUACUUAAAAAAAUUCAGGGUCAAAAAAUGAAUGUCAUUCGUCCAACUCCGUUUGAUAAAUUCCAAGCAAAAAAAAAUCAAUCCUCCCAAAACAAACCGCUUUCAUUGAGAGAUCACCCUAUAACUUGAUGACCAAAUUUCAGCACGAUCCGAGCCAUUUUCUGGACCGCCGAAGAGCACGGUUUCGCCGGAGCUAAACACUACUACGAGCAACACAAAAACGGAAAAGAGAAGUUCUACUUUGUCUCGGAGACGGAUCAGGGCGCAUUCAAGCCAACUACGACCAAAUCCAUCCUCCGGUUCAUGGGGAAUACGACCCAAGUAAGCAAUCGACCAUCCCACGUCAAUCCAGCGCAUUUCCUGAACCGAUAAUUGCUUUUUCUCGAAAAGGAAGAAGAAAGACAAGAAAAUGCGUUUUAUCGGGUAGUGACAUUUCGUUUUGAACGAAUCACCAAAAAGGGGCGGGACAUUUUUUUUCCUAUUUUGGAUUGACGUGCAUCCUUAUUGCACUCUUACGAUUACGACUAUAGAAUCUUUUUCAGCGAGCCAAAAUGCAGGAAAUUGUGCAGAGUCUGAAACGAAAUGACAUCCCAAUCAGUGUGCAAGAAGGGGAUAAACAAGGAGACGUCCAGUCGUGGGCCGACGACGGCGUCCCAUCAGUACAAUAUGUGGCAGACAAAGGGGCCGACUUCUACUUUUACUUCCAUCACACCACCGGAGAUUAUUUGAACAUCUUCGAGGACGGCGACAUCGAUUAUACUGCCGCAAUCAUGGGCACGUUGGCACAUGUUCUUAGCAACCAGGACAAGUGGUGA